GCUGACAAGGUGGUGACUCAGCCAAGAUAUUUCGAGUUGGUGCGUUUAAAAACGCUCCACGGUGUCUCGGGGGCCGACUUAGGGUGGAUGCAAAUGCAUCGAUGGUAAAUGCAACAUUGCAAGAGCGCGUGUCCAGCACAAGCCACAACCGAGGUGUUGCGUAGCUCAACCCUCUCUGCCCUAUCUCACGUUACAACCACUGUGAGAUUUACCUUAACUUCAUUUCUUUCUUGGCACCUGGCCGCUGCGGUGACCGCCGUACGCCCACGUCUUCUUACCGGGUCGGAAGUCUUGCUUGAUCUAAUCCACGAUGUGCGGACAUUCUUGGACCCUUGGCAUUUUCGUGUUGGUUUUGCUGCUUACAGUACGCUGGUCUCAAGCCCGGUCCUUGCCUCUCAGCGAUGGAGAUGAGGAAGCUGAGGCUGGGAACGAGGUUCCAAAGAUGACGAAGUAUGACUGCGUGUUGCUCAUCUUCAAAGAUCCCUUUGAGCUCCCCGACUGUGUGAACGAGUUCUUCAAAGAGCCAAGCUCACUCACAAUGAUAUCGGAACUCCGGCAGGAACUGAUGCAGAGUGAUUCACAUGAAGAAGCAGAGAUAGAAAAGGCUGCUGGAGCAAAUGAAGAAGGAGACAACGAUGUUAACGUCCUCACUAAAAGGGUUGACGAGGUUGCUGACGUUAACGAUCAGCUUGGGGAGGAUCUGCGCAUGCUCUCAAGAAACGCGCAGCCAGUUAAAGUUGAGAUCAUGGAUACCGAUGCUGACGUGACAACUGACCAAGACGACAGCGAUAAUGACGAUAGUUAUGGUGACAAGAAAGGAGAAGAGGGUGUCCAGGGGGAAGAAGAAGUAGUUGGAGGUAAUGAAGACGAAGAUGAUGAAGAUGACGAUGAUGACGAUGACGACGAUGACGAUGACGAUAACGAUGAUGUGGAGGGGGAACUUCUGAAACAAGGAGAUGAGACUGGAAAUAAAAGCGGCGACGAUGGUUAUGAAGAGGAAGACGAAGAGGGCCUUGGCAACGAAGUCAUUGAUGAAGGGGACGAUGACGACGAUGCUGAGCAGGAAGUCAACAAAGAGGACAAGGAAGGGGUCGUGGAGCUCAAAGACCAGACAGCCGAUGAUGACGAAGAUGACGACGAAGACGAUGACGAUGAAGAUGCCAACAAAGGUGGCAAAGAGGAAACUGCAGGUGGCGAAAUCCAAGAUGGCGAUGAUGAUGACGAUGACGACAAUGAUGCGAACGGGGAUGAAAAGGAACCCUCAGAGAUUGACAAGGAGGAGGCUGAAGAGGAGACAGUGACACUCGUGAGCAAAAUCUAUAACAUGCUGCAGGCACUUGUUACUCAGGAGAAGAUAAAUGAUGGCGGAGAUGAUGAUGACGAUGAUGCAGAAGCAGACUCCAACGGUCAAAAUGAGCUUGGCACGACAGGUGACGGUGACGAUGACGACGACGACGACGACGAUAAUGAUGAGGAGGACGAAGAUGGAAAAUGGAUGAACGGGAGCCAAAAGGUUGAGCAACAGGAUGAUGGCGUCGACGACGGGGACGAAGAUGAUGACGACAACGGGGACGACGAUGAGGCCGAGAACAAAGAGGAAGACACCAACAUCAUCACCGAAACCCUGGAAAAUGACGCUGAUGGGGAUGACGAUGCUGACGACGAUGUUGAUGACGACACCGACCCCCAGAAUGGAGAAGGCACCGACAUUAUCACCGAGAAGCUGGAGAAUGAUGGCGAAUAUGACGGGGAUGAUGACGAUGACGACGACGACGAUGACAAUGAGGGGAAUGUCAUUACUGCAAACAAAGAAAUCGCAGAUGUCGAUGAUGAUGACGGAGAUGACGACAAUGAUGAUGACGAUGCUGAUAAUGAGCAAGAUGACGUAAAGGAAGAAGAGGAUGUCAAAACCUCAAAAACGGACAUGGAACAAGAGCUUGAAGAAAUAAGCCGCUUGCAAAACGUCGAGGACGCCGCUGAGGAGACUCCUGACGACGACGACGACGACGAUGAUGUCGAUGGUGACGCGCUGGAUCAGCCAGAGAAAACUGAGGGGGAGAAACAAACGGAAACCGAUCUGGAAAAAGAACUACUGGAGGCUCUCACCAAGACCAAAAAUGAUCAAGAUGUGGUAGACGAAGAUGACUUCAUCGGGCAGCUGCAGCACGUGGCAGACAAAUCCACCAGAUAAUGUUUUCAACGGCGCCACCUAUAGCGGCUAGAUGGGGAUGUCCCUCAUCGGCUAUACCUUUGAAAUCAUUCAAAUCAAGAAGAUAAUAAUACCAACUCAGAAAAUUUGAAGUCGGGAACAGGGAGUUCAACUUAAGUUUGAUAUUUCAAUGUGUGUUUCAAAGUGUUAAUUCGAUUUCAGCGGUAUGAAGGGCCUUGUUAUACGGCUCAUAUUCCCGCACCAAAUACAAAUUAAUGGCAUUCGUGAGUUCAUUCGCCACUUGUAAAAAUGUAACAUAAGGAGAAUAUGCUAUAAAUAGUUGAACACCGCCCUGCUUUAGUUUCGUUGAAUUGGUAUGUCCAGAUAAUGACCAUACUAGAAUUCUUUAUCGGUAAUUUCUACGCACUACAACUCUGGCUUGUCACUCUUUGGAUCACUUUUUUUCCCUACAAAACAGAACUUUGUUAUCAUCUUGGACGAGUAUGUGCAAUUGGGCCAUGCAGUGUUCUUGUGCUAUGAUGGAUUGACAUGACUGUCCAUUUGUAAACUAAUUACUUAAAAUUUGAUAUUAUACAGGUGUUUAUGACUUCUUGGUUGAAAGUUCUCGCAAAGUUUAACCAUUCACGAGUGAUCAUUAAAUUGCACAUUCGACGCACCUACCACCAAGCACUGUUGCCGUGUUAAUCGCAAUAAUGUAAAUAUUUUCCAGUAUAUUUGGUCCCUUUUCGUACAUUCUGUGGGGUCUUAGCUCUGAAAGUUGUCCCUUUAUAAACGUUUCUUAUUUUUAUACUUUCAUAGUGCCCUCUUGUAGCUUUGUGCAUUCUUAAAAACUGAAAAAGCAAAAUGGCCAUUGAAUGAGGUGAUGAAGCUUCAAACUGUAAAUUUAAAAGAAAAAGUGUUUUUGUGUCAUAAGCUGAAGUUCGAUACAAAGUCAAUACAAAGUUUGGAUGAAGUUUUAAAUAUAAAUUUCAAAAGGGUCCGGUUUGUUUUGUGCCAUUUUAUCAUACUAUCUCUGUUUUCUCCACAACCUUUAAUGCACUAACUGAAGGCCGGUUCAAAAUUGGCGCGAAAACGAACAUAAAGGUAAGUUUGUGACGUCAGCUCAAAUAUUCGCGCUGCAAAGUUCACAAAAGUCGAGCACAUUUUAACUCGAGCCAAAUUUCGCCGCAAAUCUUUCGUGACAUCAAUUCGCUUCGCUUUCACGCUCGCCCGUAGUAGGAUCUGGCCUUUAAGGGACUCCUCAAAAUGCAUGUAUUCUCAUUAAGAACAUUACAUUUUUCUACGCAUUAAAUUUUAUUGCCUUCAAGGACAGAUUAUUUACAUGUAAUUAAUGAUACUGGCAGUCUUAGACUUAGCAGCUGAGAAAUACAGAGCUUUCGGUUUUCGUUCCUGAAAAAUUAAUACUUUAUUAAUCAUUACAUAAAGUCAUGUGACUCUUAAUUCGGAUGUGACAUUUUGGGAAAGAGGGAAGUUGUUUGUUUCAAAGUACUAUCAAGUAUAUCAAAUAAAAUUGUAAGGAUGACAGAAGUCAAGACGGCCGGGCUUCAAUUGGUAAUCUCGUUGAUUGAACCAUUGAUGUUUCCUGGAAGAACGUUACGAACUUUAUUGCAUUGUGGAAUAGGAUAUGGCAAUUUGUGUUCAGUAAACCUUUGUUCAUAAUAAAUAGUUGGAUUUCCUUUUCCAGUGGACUGUUCUUAUUUUUCCUAUAAUGAAAUGACUUUCCCUUUGGCUAAAUCGUCUUUCAUACUUAGGUGUUAUACCUUCAAAGGCUUGCUUUAAUUUGUGUCACCUGAGUUCUCUUUAAGUCAAAUUUUGGGAGAAGAAAUGUAAAAAAAAAAAUCGAAUAAAAUAUUUGAUGUAUUGCGUGUAGUAA